AGCACGUGAGGAUUGGAAUUUUCCCCCGGGCACUUUAAAGACGCUGUCAUUUUUAUGAGACCAUUAUUAUAAUCUUCACAAAACAUCAUGGAAGCUUCAGUUGCUGUUGAAGUGGAAACUAUGAAAGCUCUGAUGCUGACUGGUUUUGGAGGCUACGAGAAAAUAAAAUUGCAAGAAAUCCCCAAACCUAUUGUAAGCGAUGAUACCGUCAUCAUUGAAAUUAAAGCAUGUGGAAUGAACUUUUCUGAUUUGUAUACCCGACAAGGAAUUUUUACGCAUGGAGUCAAGCCACCAUUUGUUCUUGGUUUAGAAGGAGCUGGAGUUGUAACUGAAGUAGGGUCUAAUGUGACCGAGUUUAAAGUGGGUGACAGAGUUUUGUGUUGGAACUUUAAAUAUGGCAUGUGGUCUGAAUUUGUUAAAGUGCAUAAAUCCCAGUGCUUUGCAAUUCCAGAAAACAUGACUUUCACGGAGGCAAACUGUAUAGUUACUAAUUAUCUUACUGCAUAUUUCGUAAUAAUGGAUUUCGGCAACCUACGACCUGGUCAAAGUGUGCUUAUUCAAUCUGCUGCAGGUGGUGUAGGUUGGGCAGCCACUCAGAUUGCAAGAUCUGUUGAAAAUGUUAAAAUUUUUGGGACAGCAUCUUCAAGCAAACAUGAAAUGAUAAAAGAAAAUGGUGUAACUCAUCCAAUUGAUUAUAAAAACCAUGAUUUUGUGGAAGAAGUUUUAAAACAUGAACCAUCAGGUGUUCAUGUCAUUCUUGAUUGUCUUUCUGGAGUGGAUUUCAUUAGAGCACAAAAUUGUUUACGACACAUGGGUCGUAUUGUUCACAUUGGAAUAAGCAACAUGAUAAAUGGGGAAAAGAGAAAUAUAUUACAAAACUUGAAAGUUUGGUGGCAAACAAAAAAUAUAAACAUAUUCAAUGUAAUAAUGAAGAAUCAUGGAAUAUGUGGUCUUAGCAUAGCAUCCAUAUUUGAAAACGAGCCUGAAACCUUUAGGAAUACUCUUGAGAAAAUUAUGAAUCUUUACAAUGAUGACAAAAUAAGUCCCCGAAUUGAUUCUGUUUGGUCUUUUGAUGAGGUUGUACAAGCAACAAAGUGUAUGGUAGAAAGAAAAAAUAUUGGGAAAAUUGUGUUGUUACCGAAGAAAGAUGAAAACACUGAAUUAGUGGAAACAUUUCAGAAUUAAAGAAUACUCAUGGCCUGAAAAACAUUGCCAUGUGCACCCUUGGUUUGAAAAAUGUUUGAAGUUUUUCUGCCGAUCAAAAGUCAUUGAUUCUGUUGAAGGUAGUUCAACUUGACAUUUAUUGUUAUUGUUGUUACUUUCAUUAUAUUUUCAUCUGCAUUUGCUCAAACUUGAGCUACAAUACUCUCAGAAGUAAAUAUCUGAUAACAUUGGCGUCAAUA